AUGUUUGGAGUCGAGCUCCUCCUCACCAUCAUCCACGUGGCCGCACUCGCGGCAUGCUGCAGGACGAAAGUCCCGAGGAAAAAGCCGGAGAACCGGUCGUCGCGCGUCCGGCGCGGUGUUUUCCGGCUCAACCUCAAGUCCACCAACCUCGAGAACGACUACAAGGGCAGCCGUACUACUGAUGAGCUGCCGUCGGACGAGAACGCCUCUAAAAAGGUCAAGCAGUUCAACUGCGGGUCAUACGCUGUGCUGAUCUCACCGACGCGGAUGGUGAGCUAUGGAUUCGAGAAGGCCGACCGCACCAGCGUGCGAAUCAUCGACUUGGAGGGAGAAACCAUCGGAGAUUACAGCAUUAGCCAUGAGGAGAACGAGCCGAUUGAGUGUCCCCGCGGCGAACCUUCUGCUUCCGGACCACAGGUACGUUUCAAUAUCGCGUUGAUACUGAAGUCGAUCAUCGUGCAAGGCUCUGUAUACGUCUUCCCAGCGCUUGUUGCCGGGCCUCUUUCCGUAUAUUCGCGGUCC